AUGCGGGUGAAUUGCAUUUUGAGGUCUGGGUUGCUGUUUGUCACUCUGUCUCUUGCCAUUGCCAAGCACAAGCAAUCUUCUUUGACCAAAAGUUGUAACCCAAGGGGAUCACUGUCCCAAGCCGUCGACACCCUCUAUAUCAAGGCAGCAUGGCUCAAAGCAACAAUUCCAGAAGACCGCAUUAAACAUAUACGAUUAUUAAAAAAGAAAACAAAAAAGCUAUUUAUGAAAAACUGCAGAUUCCAAGAACAGCUUCUGUCCUUCUUCGUGGAAGAUGUUUUUGGUCAACUCCAAUUACAAGUUUACAAGGAAAUACACUUUGUGGAAGAUUUUCAUAGCCUUAGGCAGAAGUUGAGCCGCUGUAUUUCCUGUGCUUCAUCAGCUACAGAGAUGAAAUCCAUUACCAGAAUGAAAAGAACAUUUUAUAGGAUUGGAAACAAAGGAAUCUACAAAGCCAUUAGUGAACUGGACAUUCUUCUUUCCUGGAUUAAAAAAUUUUUGGAAAGCAUUGAGUAA